GCUCUUCAUUCAACAUAUCCGUGGCAAUGUGAAAGUACAACCCACCUACCAGGAGGGUCAAUGUCAGUAGCACAUCAGUUCAUACGUUGCGUUUUGCAUCAAUUGUCUCCUAACGGAGUAUUUUAUCAAAUAUUUCUUUCACAGGCUAAUGAGACCGUGCGCAGAAACUUCUUCAAGAGUAUUGUCAUUAGUCUCAAUGAUUUCAACGACCUGAGUCCAGUUAGUCCUGUGCAACUUUUGACAGAAACCCUAAACUCUAAAAAAACUCUACCGGCUGAUAUGCUAUCCAUUAUACUCAGAAACUUAUCCGAGUAUCUUCAAUGUGUUCCAGUUGAUAAUAUCAGCGGUAACACAUGGUCUAUUGCGGUACAAGGUAUUGAUAACCUUAUCCGACGGAUAAUUUUCAUACUUCAAAGCUUAGAUGAACCGGAACAUUUACUGCACAUUAUGAUUUCAAUGUUGAAAAUCCCACAGCUUUCCAAGAGUGUACUGGAACCGUUUUCUAAAGUCCUCAGUUACGCAAUACAAAACAUCCCAAUUACACACAAAAUUAUUGUAGAUUUGUGUUCUUUGAAUAAUCGAGCAUUUUUAAAAGAACGCGAUAAAAUGCAGUUGUGUAGACAAAUAGUAUUUGAACUCGUACAAGCACUUAAAUUCAAAACGAGUAUUCCAGACAACAACCUUUUGUUAUUAGUUGCUAUUCUGUUACACGACGCUGGCGGUGCUAUGUUCCCAGGCGUAAUCAACGAUUUACCGGAUGCGACGCUCUCACUUAACUGUAAUAUAGCAGAGUGCAUGCGGCAGACAUACUUGAAUGAUGUGAUAGAAUUUCUCGCUGAUUUCCACACGCUCAGCAAAAUCAAGAAUGUUAAAACCGGAACCAUCACUACGGGGCUUAGCGAGGAUACUCUAGGUGGAGUGCUGAAAGGAGCUGUGGCGCAGUACCUUGCUCUGGAACUAUCACGUGGAAACUCAAAGGACAGUCGUACUGUAUCGAGAUAUCUACCAUGGUUAAACAAUGCGCCAUCAUCUGUGCAACAAGGGUACGCUAUUUUACACACUCAACAAAAACUUUGUUUCUUCCAUGUAGGCAGUGGUGUCGAGUGAAGCAUGCGCUCCCGGAGGGAAGUCUGAUUGGGUUGGUUGCACCUUUUCCCUCCUUGCUAUCUGUAUAUGGUGUAUGCCGAAUAAUGAAUUAUUUAUUAAUGUAGAGGUGUUUCUGCGAUUGUGUCACAUUUACCCGAAACCCACUCACCCGAACGACAGUUACCCGACAGACAUUCACCCGAAUUCCACUCACCCGAAUUCCACUCACCCGAAUGUAACAAAUACCCGAAUGCGACAGCUACCCAAAUGUAACAUCUACCCAAACUGACGCUUACCCCAAUGCUACAUUUACCCGAAUGCGACAUUUACCCGAAUGUAGCAAUUACCCGAAUUUAACUUUUACCCGAAUGUAACAUCUACCCGAAUGCGUCACUUACCCGCAAGAAGGAUAUAAUCGAAUAAUACGCAAAUUUUGUUAUUAGGAAGUAUUUGUAUAUUUAUUUCUGAUCAGUGUUAUAUCAAGAUCAUAUUUGUCUCGUACGUUC